AUGCAAUCACCAUCCGCAUCUGUCUCGAUUCGUCAAGCAACAAACCCCGAGGACUUGGCAUCUGUGACCGAGUGUUUCCAAGCUUACACGCAAUGGCUUGACGAAGAUAUCUCUUUUCAAAACUACAGCACAGAGUUAGAAGGACUCCCAGGGAAAUACGCACCUCCGUUUGGCGCCCUUCUACUUGCUGUGGAUGACUCACAAGGUCAAGUCCUCGGGUGUAUAGCUUUGCGUCCACUCAUAGUGCAAGCCGAAUAUCGUCAACAUCACCCUACCGACCAACGGUACUGCGAAAUCAAGCGGCUCUUUCUGUACCCAAGCGCUCGAGGUCGCCAAGUCGGACGGAAACUUGUCAGGGAGGUGUUGAAACGGGCGGAAUCCGAGGGCUACGAUGUGGCACUUCUGGAUACGCUAUCCAAGAUGACAUCGGCCAUCAGCCUUUACAAGUCGGAGGGAUUUGUCGAGGUUGCAGCAUACGCAUACAACCCACUGAAUGGAGCGAUGUAUUUUGCAAAGAGAAUCACAGACGCUGCUACAACAUGA